UGCAAGGAUUCUUAUGUGAGACAUACGAUAUUGUGCGGAAAGUUGAUUUAUAAGUAUUUUUGAGUUUUUUACCUGAAAUUUUAACUCAAGUAGGCUGAUUGUAUUAAAGUCUGCCAUCUUGAAAAAAUUCCUUAGGCCUGUUUUUGCAAUAGAAAUUCAUUAAAUGAUUGAAAUCAAUUCAAUUAUUUUUUUUGCAUAAAAUAUCAACGUUUUUAUCAUUCAUUGCCUAGAACAAGGGGAUGCCCAACCCCGAGAAAUUAGUACUUCUCGUGAAACAUCCGUCGAUACCGAUCAGAUGAAGGGAUUAAUUUACAAAAUUCCACUUGCAAUCGAAGCUACAUUUAAUUAGAUUUCGAUUUGUCCCUAUCUCAUCAUCCGGAUCUACUUAUUAAUACUAAAAAAGUUAAAGUUUUUCUCGGGAAUCGGUUAAGAUUGAUCGAUAUUCGAGAAUUUCUCAUACAUUUUGCUCAACAAAAAGUCAAUUUGUUUCACAUAAUUGAGGUUAAACCAGCCCCUUGGCCUAGAAGAAUAUAAAAUACUGUAGGGGAGGGCGGGGCUAAUAAAGUCACUUAAGGGUUUGGAAAAAGCCGAAAAUAUCAUAUUUCCUAGCUAGAUAGAACAAAAUGAUCUGAGAAAGAGUUGUAGGGCAAGAAAUAUCCUAAAGAAUUGAGCUAUUCAUUUCGCUUUAUCUGUUUGGGAAAUAUUAUAUUUUGAGCUUUUUCUAAACCCUUUAGUGACUUUUUUAACCCCGCUCUCCCCUAAAUAAAAUUCGAAUUACUUGAAUUUUAUUAAAAAAAAAAAAGACAUUUUAAAGUUACAUUUUAUUGCAAUGAACAUAUUUUUAGAGCUUUUCCUCAAAAAUUAGAAAAGCCUAAAAUGAAAUUAAAAGUUUGCGACCAAAACUUCUUAAUUGAAAAGAAAAUGGGAAAUUCGGUAUAAUUUUAAUGAUGAUUUCUAUUCUAAUUAGAUCUCUUUCGAGGUUUAACAGCAAUAAAUUCAUUUUAUUAAGAACUUGACUUGUAAAAUAAUUUUAAAGAGAUCAAAAUGGCGUUAUAAAGCCUAUUCUAUGAAGUUUCUUUCGUCAAAAUUUCUUCAAAUCAUUUUUUCUAUAAAACUAAAAUUCUAUAAAAAAAAACAACUUUCUACAACAAAGAACUUUUAAGAGUCUUUGGGAAAUUCAAAGCCUAACGAAAUGGCUGAGGAAUUCUGAUUUUAGCUCAUACAGAAUCAUAAAAUCAAGAUAUUGCAAAACAAAUAAUUCAAAAAAUACAUCAAAAUAUCAAAAUCACACGUAAAAGAUUAAAAACUAAGGAAAAAUAAUAAUUUAAUAAAUAACUAUCCUUUUAAUUCAACCAAUUCACACUGAAAAUACAUUCCGCAUUCAGAAUUUCUAAUUAUAAAAUUCUCAAUUGAAUUACAAUAGCUGUGCUGGGGCACAGAGUAUGUGCAAAAUCGAUAUGGAAAAGGCUGAAAAGGUGGGAGGAGGAAGAAACAAACAUUCGGCGAUGCGAGAAGAAUUUUAUUAUGGUAAUCAUCUUCUCAGGUUGAUGAUCUCCUUUUUUUUCGCGGAUUUCUUAUUUGCAUAAAAAUGAUCCCGGAGAGGAAGCUGCGUGGUGUGUAGCCUCUCAUCACGGCUAAAGUUCUCUGGCGCGCGGAAGAGAUUUAUAUAUGUUUCUUAAGAUGUUGAAGAUUGAUCAUGUUGAGCGGUGUAUUGGGGUUAGUGGCCUCUUCGUGUGUUGCGCAACAUGGGAAGCUUAUUUGGACACACCGUAAUCUUGUCUACCACAUCGUCUGGGAUGUCUGGGCUUCGUCUUUGCUGGAGGAAUUCCACCCAGACAGCCCAUCCCAAGGACGUUCAAUGUCUCACACAGAGAGCACGUAAUCCCCCCAAGAAGAGAAGAAAAAAAUUCUUAAGGAGUGGGGCAGAACAUAUAAAAUUGACAUGUUGAUGAUCCUGGUUGGGGGCUUUUGUGGAUACUGUGGAUACGACACAUUAUCGUCUUUUCGGGGAGUGUUAAUGUACUCCUCCGGAGAGAAUAAAGAAUCCAAUAACAAAUAAAAGAACAAGAGGAAUGGUAUAGAGGAGAAAACCUGUAAGAAGAAGAAAACGAGUUUGUCACCAGAAUAUUGAGUAUGGAAAGAGCGGGCGGCAUAGCCAGGCUAUAAAAGAAGAAUCUCCACGUAAGAACGGGAACAGUGUUUUGUGGUGUUUCAGUCAAAGCAGAACUCUCUCUCUCUUCAAAGUGCAGUGGAAUUUUUCUUAAGCUUCUCAAGUGGAUUAGAAAUAUUUAAGCUGUAUGGGACGUUGGUCACGAAUGGACAAUGUGAAGUGAAGGACUUUUAUUUUGUGAUCGUGCGUGAAAGAAAAAAAUCAUUGAACAUUAUCUUCUUCCGAUUCUUAAGCGCCGUGCGCUAAAUUGAUUCAUCAUGCAAACACUCAAGUAUUUGCUCUUUGUGGUGGUCCUCAUUAAGGCUGAGGGGUUGCAUGAACCCCAAUCGGGGACUCCCUCAUUUAUUCGUUCAUCCGUUGAGAGUCCUCCUGCCCCAGGGAGGAAUAAGCUGAAGGAAGAUCUCACGGAAUACCUGCCGUUUGGCUUUAAAUUCCUCCCACUCCGGAGUGCUGUGGAAAGUGCGCCAAGUGUGCCAUUGUCUGAGCGGCAACCGUUACGUGACGCUGUUGAGGCUCGACCUGUGUACGAUGACGAACCCAAGAAGCGCAAGAAGCGUGCCAGCUUCUAUGAUGCAUUUCUCGUCCCAAAUCCGUAUUCUUUGACGGCGCCUCAGCCUUAUAGGAUAGGAUCACCGUAUCAGCAGCUUGUGGAUCUUUCGGAAGUGGGUCAAGCGGGGCAGUUGUCGCGACAACCGCUUCAUGAUCCAGUUGAGCUGGCUCUGAGACGUCGUGGGGAACCGAAGAGGACGCAGGAGCAGAAGGUUCUCUGCUACUUCACAAAUUGGGCAUUUUACAGGAAGAAUGAUGGAAAAUUCGUUCCUGAGCUCAUUGAUCCUUCCCUCUGCAGCUAUGUGAUCUACACGUUUGCCACGCUCGAUGGGGAGAAGCUGAUCAUGAAGGAAUUUGAUCCUUGGGGUGAUCUUGAGAAUGAUCUCUUCAGACGAACAACAAAACUAGAUGUUCCAGUAUUGCUUGCCAUUGGAGGAUGGACGGAUUCAACAGGCGACAAAUACUCACGCCUCGUGUCCAGUCCAACAGCCCGAAGCACUUUUAUCAGGAACGCUGUGACCUUCCUGAAGCAAUUCAAUUUCAGUGGAUUACUCUUUGAUUGGAAUUACCCAAAAUGCUGGCAGAGUAAUUGCAAGAAAGGACCUGCUUCGGAUAAAGCAAACUUUGCAACAUUCAUUCAGGAGCUUUCAGCUGAAUUUCGGCGACAGGAUCCACCUCUAACGCUUGGGGUUUCCCUUUCGGGAUACAUUGAAGUCAUUCGUGAAGCUUACGAUCUCAAAUCAAUCUCCCAGAGCGCAGAUUUCCUUCCUGUCAUGACGUAUGAUUACCACGGAGCAUGGGAAGGGAAAACUGGGCAUGUGAGCCCACUGUAUUCACGUCCAGGAGAUAGAUUCCCGCAGUACAAUACCGACUUUACGAUGCAAGAGUUGGUAAAGAUGGGAGCCUACAGGGAAAAGUUAAUUAUGGGCGUUCCCUUCUACGGGCAGACUUUCACUCUGAAGGAACAAAAUCGUGGGAAUAUCGUACUUGAGGGUGUUGAGACAAAGGGAGCCGGGAAUGCUGGAGAAUUCACCCGGCAACCGGGAAUGUUGGCUUAUUAUGAGAUUUGUGAUCGUAUCAGGAAGCAAAAAUGGUCAUCCGGAAGGGAUGAUGCUGGGAAAUCUGGGCCAUUUGCAUGGAAUAACAAUCAAUGGGUCGGCUACGAUGAUGCCAAGAGUAUUGCCAAUAAGGCCAAGUACGUCAAGGAUCAAGGAUUUGGUGGCAUAAUGGCGUGGACAAUUGAUCUCGAUGAUUACAUGAAUCGUUGCUGCCACGAAGCUUUCCCUCUGCUCAAAGCCAUCAAUCGUGGACUUGGUAGGUUGAGCACGCUUGCUCCAGUUGCAGGAGACUGUACAAGGCCAGCAACUCCGGUGACUCCUGUUCCUCCGGUGAUGACAACAGUUGGAGAAAAUGGAGUUGAUAGUAUGCACCAUCAUACAGGAUGGCCAGCUUGGACAUCAACACCAUCAACUUCAUCUGCGGCACAACAAUCAACGACAACGGCUGAACUUACAACAAGCUCAGCUUGGUGGGUUCCUCCAUCAACAACUUCCGAGCCUGUUUGGUGGUCUCCAUCACCUACUACAACAACCACAACUACAACAACCACAACAACAACCACAACAACUACGAGACGCCCCACAACUACACGACAACCAACUACAACAGCUGCUCCAACUACAGCUGCAACUGUUAUACCUCCACCAAUAAACAUCAUGCCAAUGCCUCAUCCGGAUAAACGUAAAUGCGAAGGCUUUGAACACAUUCCAAAUGACAAGGAUUGCUCAUCCUACUAUCGCUGCUCCCAAGGGGAAUUUAUCCUGCAGAACUGUGCUGCAGGGCUGCACUGGAAUCAGGCAAACAACGUCUGUGAUUGGCCAGCUAAUGCAAAAUGCACAAAGGAUGUAAAUGUUCCGACAACGACACCUCCUCGGAGGACAACAGUUCCCACAACAACGAGAUUCACAAACACACCUCCGAAGAGGACAACAACCACACCUGUUGCCUUCAUUACACAUCCAACGGAGAAGCCAUCUUCGCAGCCGUGCGUUUCUGGGCAGUACUAUGCGCACAAAGACUGCAGCAAGUACUUUAUUUGUGUCAAUGAGAAGAAGGUGGUUCAGGUUUGUCCUCCAGGGUUGCAGUACAGCUACCAAGCUUACUCCUGCGACUGGCCGGAUAAGGUGAAGUGUAUGUCCGUGAAGGAAUACCUGAUGAAGCUCGGGUACAAAGCACUCAGAGAAGGAGAUUCGUGUGAAGAAGGAACUUAUGCUCCUUAUCCAGGAGACUGUACGCAGUAUCUCCGCUGCAUCCACAAUCGCUACGAUGUGAUGCAGUGUGCCGAUGGGUUGCACUGGAAUGAUAAAUUGAAGAAUUGCGACUGGCCUAAGCGAUCAGGGUGCAAGGAUAACAAACCAGCUGCUGAUACACCCGGAUCUGUAGAUCACAGAGAACCUCAACCGAAGCCACCAAAAGAGGAGGAGCAUCAUCCAGUGCAGGAGCUUGAUGGGGAAACUGUUCCGGAAUCAUCGCAGUUGAAACCUUUCUCCGGGUACUACAAGAUGGUCUGCUACUUCACAAAUUGGGCUUGGUACAGGCGUGGUGUGGGGAAGUACGUUCCCGAGGAUAUUGAUACGAAUCUCUGUACGCACGUUGUUUACGGAUUUGCUGUUCUUGACUACUCAGAACUUGUUAUCCGGACGCACGAUUCCUGGGCGGAUAUUGACAAUAAGUUCUACGAGAGAGUGGCUGCAAUGAAGAAGAAGGGAGUUAAAGUUAGCUUAGCUCUGGGUGGAUGGAAUGAUUCCCAGGGAGACAAAUAUAGUCGCUUAGUUAGAUCAGCAGCAGCUAGGAAGAAGUUCAUUGAGCAUGCUCUCCUCUUCAUUGACAAGUACGGAUUUGAAGGGUUGGACUUGGAUUGGGAGUACCCAGUUUGCUGGCAAGUUGACUGCAAGAAGGGCUAUCCGGAUGAGAAGCAAGGUUUUGCUGAUUUAGUUCAGGAACUCUCGGAAGCUUUCAAGCCCAAAGGGUAUCUCCUAUCAACGGCUGUUUCUCCCAGUAAGAUGGUCAUUGAUGCUGGAUACGAUGUCCCGAGAUUGGCAAAAUACUUUGACUGGAUCGCCGUGAUGACGUACGAUUUCCACGGGCAGUGGGAUAAACAAACUGGCCAUGUUGCUCCACUUUUCUACCAUCCGGAAGAUGAUGUUGCGGAGUUUAAUGCCAACUUCUCCCUCCACUAUUGGAUUGAGAAGGGUGCUCCGGCUAGGAAGAUCAUCAUGGGAAUGCCACUGUAUGGGCAGAGCUUCCAACUGGCUGAUGCCAAGAAGAAUGGGCUCAAUGCAAAGGCUCCCGGACCUGGACAAGCUGGGGAAUUCACAAAGGCUGCAGGAUUCCUUGCUUAUUACGAAAUCUGCGACAGGAUUAAGAACAAAGGAUGGCACGUGGUUAAGGAUGAGCAGGGAAGAAUGGGCCCGUAUGCUUAUCAUGGCAAUCAGUGGGUAUCCUUCGAUGAUCAGGACACACUCAGGCGUAAAGCUCAGCUGGUACGAUCGAUGGAUCUCGGCGGAGGAAUGAUCUGGGCGUUGGAUCUUGAUGAUUUCAAAAAUCGCUGUGGACAGGGCAAGCAUCCGCUUCUCACUGUGAUCCGGGAGACACUCAGGGAUCCACCUUCUGGCCAUGAAGCUCCUCCAGCCCCUUCUGCCACUCAGCCCAAGCCAGUGGAGCCUCCAGCAGAUAAUCAAGCAGAAAUCAUUUCUGAAAAGCCAUCAGAAGCCAAGCCAGAGGCCCCAACACGACCAAAUCCCGAAGCUCCAGCAAACUACGCUGAACCAUCUGUGGAUUUGGACGAUGAUUCCGGAGAGAUUUCAAAUGAAGUCCAGAAUGACUUUAAAGUGGUCUGUUACUUCACAAACUGGGCAUGGUAUAGACAGGGUGGUGGGAAGUUUGUCCCCGAGGACAUUGAUGCGGAUCUCUGUACGCACAUCGUCUAUGGAUUUGCAGUCCUCAACAGGGAGACACUGACAAUCCAACCUCAUGAUUCCUGGGCAGAUAUUGAUAAUAAAUUCUAUGAGAGGGUUGUAGCGUUCAAGAAGAAGGGUGUGAAGGUAACAGUGGCCAUUGGAGGAUGGAAUGAUUCAGCUGGAGACAAAUACAGUCGCCUUGUGCUGAGUCCUGCAGCCAGGAGCAAGUUUGUCCGGCAUGUUACGGAGUUUAUUGAGAAGUAUGGCUUUGAUGGGUUAGACCUCGACUGGGAGUACCCAGUUUGCUGGCAGGUGGAUUGCAAUAAAGGCUCCUCGAAUGAGAAAGAAGGAUUCUUGGAGCUUGUGCGGGAACUUUCACAGGAAUUCCGUCCUAAGGGGCUCCUCCUCUCAUCUGCUGUCUCACCCAGUAAGAAGGUCAUUGAUGAGGGUUACGAAGUUGCUGCACUUUCGCGGUAUUUUGACUGGAUUGCCGUGAUGACGUAUGACUUCCACGGGCAGUGGGAUAAGCAAACAGGCCAUGUGGCUCCAAUGUAUCAACAUCCAUCGGACUUUGAGCCCACUUUCAAUGCAAACUUCUCUAUAAACUAUUGGCUGGAGAAGGGAGCUGAUGCCAAGAAGAUCAUCAUGGGAAUGCCAAUGUAUGGGCAGAGCUUCUCCCUGGCUGAGGGUAAUCGACAUGGAUUGAAUUCCCCAACUUACGGAGGUGGAGAAGCAGGUGAGGCAACACGAGCACGAGGAUUCCUCGCAUACUACGAAAUCUGCACGAAUAUCCGGCAGAGAAGUUGGCGCGUUGUGCGCGAUAAGAAGGGCAGAAUGGGCCCAUAUGCCUACAGUCGUGAUCAAUGGGUGUCCUUUGAUGAUGUCGCCAUGAUCAGGCACAAGAGUGAGUACGUCAAGGCGAUGGGAUUGGGAGGAGCAAUGAUUUGGGCAUUGGAUCUCGAUGAUUUCCGCAAUAUCUGUGGAUGCGAGGAGUAUCCUCUUCUAAGGACAAUUAAUCGUGUUUUGCGGCGAUACCCAACUCCUGCACCCAAUUGUGUCCUGGAGACACAGGCUGAGUAUGAGGAUGACGACAGAAGCCCACAAGUCACCACCACAACCACCACUGAGAGGGUAACUACGAGGAAAACAACGCAAACUCCACCGAAGAGAACCACCACCCAAGCUGCACCAGAAGCUCCUGAUCAUGAGCACAGUGAGGAGGAAUCUCAGCCUGAGCAACCAUCUGCAGGAGAAGGUGGCCUGGAGAAUCAAUCAUGUUCCGGAGAUGGACUUGUGGCGCACGAGAGUGACUGCAACAAGUACUACAUCUGCCAAUUUGGACACUACGCCAUUCAGAGAUGCCCACAGAAUCUCCAUUGGAAUCGUGAUCACUGCGAUUGGCCCGAUGCAGCCAAAUGCAGAGUUUCCGGACAGGAAGGAGCGGCAACAAAGCCUCCUUCAGCCACGAGGAAGACCACAAAAGUGCCCACAACAACGGAAAGUGUUCAAGAAGUUGUCACGGAGAAGACAACCACCCGGAAGCCAGAAGAAGCUCCAACUCAACCACUUCCGGACAGUGGAGGAAUGAAGGUGGUUUGUUACUUCACAAACUGGGCAUGGUAUCGUCCGGGAGAAGGGAAGUACACCCCCGAUGACAUUGAUGCAAAUCUCUGUACGCACAUUGUGUAUGGAUUUGCUGUGCUCAACAGGGAUACGCUGACGAUUAAGACUCACGAUUCCUGGGCAGAUAUUGACAAUCGCUUCUACGAGCGUGUGGUGGAGUACAAGAAGAAGGGAAUCAAGGUAACACUGGCGAUUGGAGGAUGGAAUGAUUCCCUGGGAGACAAAUACAGCCGACUCGUGAGGGAUCCUCAGGCCAGGGCAAGAUUUGUGCGGCAUGUGGCGGAAUUUAUUGAAAAGUAUGGCUUUGAUGGGUUAGAUCUCGACUGGGAGUACCCAGUUUGCUGGCAGGUUGAAUGCGACAAGGGCUUCCCGGAUGAGAAGCAAGGAUUCGCAGAAUUGGUGAAGGAGCUCGCUCAGGAAUUCCGUCCACGUGGUUGGCUUCUCUCAUCGGCUGUUUCUCCCAGUAAAAUGGUCAUUGACAAGGGCUACGAUGUGCCCACCCUUGCUGACUACUUUGACUGGAUUGCCGUGAUGACGUAUGACUUCCACGGGCAUUGGGAUAAGCAAACAGGCCAUGUUGCUCCACUAUACUACUACCCAGGCGAUACCUAUGACUACUUCAAUGCAAACUUCUCCAUUCACUACUGGAUUGAAAAGGGUGCCCCACCGAGUAAGCUCGUCAUGGGAUUGCCACUGUACGGGCAGAGUUUCAGCCUUGCCGACGUCUCAAAUCGUGGGAUGAAUGAGAAGAGCUACGGCCCCGGGGAGGCAGGAGAAUUCACCCGCGCUGGAGGAUUCCUGGCCUACUACGAAAUCUGCCAACGAGCCAAUAGUGGUGGGUGGACUGUAGUGAGGGAUUCCCAAGGAAGAAUCGGCCCGUAUGCCUACAAGGGCUCCCAGUGGGUGUCCUACGAUGAUGUGAGUGAAGUCCGCAGGAAGGCUCAAUUCAUCAGGGAGAUGAAAUUGGGCGGAGGCAUGAUUUGGGCACUCGAUCUCGAUGAUUUCCGCGGCCGUUGCGGUUGUGGAAAGCAUCCCCUACUGAGGACACUCAACCAGGAGCUGCGGGGACUUCCUGGCCAGAGAGCCACUGACUGCACGUAAGCCAUCCGAAUUUUUCAUUUCAUUUUGUAAUCGAUUUUAAUUCCAGGCCAUUUGCUGCCAUUCAAUAAGAAAGAAAAUAAAUAAAUUAAUCCAGAGUUGA